GCUGCUCGGGCAGAACACUGCCAGCUGACAGGGGACAAAGCAGUGCUCCAGAGCUCAAGCAAGGUUUUUGCAGCACAGUUUGCAGCAGGACAAGCAUGGCUUUGAAUGUUUUCUUCCCUCCUAUGCAUGUCCUGGAGAAAAGACUGUGGCCCGGGUGGCCAAUUUUGAGUCUCCCCGGACGAGAAGACAGCAUGUUCCAGCAGCUUCAGCGUGAAAUGAACAGCGAAAUAGAGAGGAUGGAGAGAAUAUUCCAAUGGGUUGAACAGCUCAGCAGUCAAAUGAUCUCCAAAAGUGUCUUUCCUGAGAUGCUGCAGCAGCCUCCCAUAAGCAGGAUCCAGAUUGAAGCGCCACAAGAACAGGGAGACGGCUUUGUUGCAUGCCUGGACGUGCAGCAGUUCUCCCCGGAAGAUCUGGCCGUGAAGGUGUCUGGAGACAAGCUGGUGGUGGCUGGACGGCACGAGGUGAAGAGCGGAGAAGGCAGCAGCGGCAACUACCGUCACAGCUGCCAGGAGUUCCGGGAGGAGAUGCAGCUGCCCAGGGACGUGGACCCGCAGAGCGUGAGCUGUAGCAUGACCGCCGACGGGAAGCUGAAGAUCAAGGCUCAGCGCCGUGCCCUCCCUGCUGCGGGUGAGAGGGUGGUGGCCAUUGAGGUGCAGCGUGCCCCUCCUGCCAUCGCAGCAGCGGCAGCUGGGAGCCCGGCUGAUGGAAGCCCAGCCAAGAUCCCCACCAGCGAAUAAUGCGUGGCAACUUUACCGGCUCAUAACCUAUCUGGGAUUUAAGAUAAACUCAUAGGAUCUAAUAUGUAUAUGAGAGUAGACAUUUCAUGUAUGUAUACUCUUAUAUAAAUUGAAGCUUUGAAACAUAAAUCUUAUAUUUAUAGUACGUUUCUGUGUUAAAAGUUAGCGAAUGUUUUUGAGUCAACUCAAAAGUGAUUGUUUUUUAAUUAGUGCAGCACAAUAGUUUGCUGUAUGCGUUUUAAUCUACUUACCAUGAAGGUUAAUAUGUGAUUAAAUAUAACAUCAAUGAUACAUAAUUGUCUUCAAUUAUGAAAUGUCUGUAUUGAUGCAAUUUACAGUAUUCAAUAUUAUGCAAUUUUAUAUAAUACAGUAAUUGUCAAUUAUACAUUUCCACAAGGGGAAAUUAUAAAGUAUAUAUUAAGAAAGCGGAAAUUCAAUCAGCCAAUUUACGGAUGCAUAUGCAUUUUGUGUACAGUAUUUUUAAACAACUAUGAGGUAGCAUUCACCAACUGUGAAAUGGGACUUGAUUUACAAAGCUGUAUGAUAAUUGUCUAGAGUCUCAACUAAGAUACCUAACCCUUAAACUAAGACUGCCUAAACUCCCACAUGGAGUCCAAUUUUUGUCACACAUCACCUAAAAAAUGCAAAUGUCUGUAAAUUAGAACAGUGUUUUACAAUAAGAUGGCGUGUGUGUAUGUGCAUGCAUAUUCAUUGUUUAACUGUAAAGAUAUCUUUAAAAUUGUAUGUUAUACUGAUGUUAUGUUUUACAUUGGUUUGGCACGUGUAAUAGUUACAAUUAUCAAGUGUAGAUGCAAGGGUUGAAAGUAGUUAUAGAUAGAAGAUGAUGCAGUGCAGUUUAAAUGUGUAACUGCAUACCAACACAACAACAAUUUGAAAGCAGUUUCGAGAACUGUCUCUGUAGAGUAAUUUUUGUCAGCUCUAAAAAAGGGAUAGAUCCUUUAGGAAUAAUCUCCAUCUCAACUCCUGUUGACUUUCCCCUCACAACGUCAUAUUUUAAAUGCAACACAAUGUCGUGUUCUCUUUACAGCAGAUACUUAUUUUAACUCUUUAGCUGGUGAUUGACGUCGGGCUAAAAUUGUGAUGCCUGCAUUGGUGUGCUUUAAAUAAACGUUUUAACUCAA